AUGUUCAACUGUUUCCAGGACUGUAUUUGGGGGAGACAGGCCAAAAAGCUACGGCCUCGAUCCCCAGAGUCCAUUGCUUCCGCUAUUGUCACCAAGAUCCUCAAUGCCGACACCCCCUACUCGCUCGAGAAAGAAGUGAACGAGGAAAUUUCCAUCAAUGGUUGGUCCGACGCCAUAGCACAGGCUAUCCUCCGCGGCUUGGAGAAUGCAAUCAAAGCCGGUGCGCACAUGGCGCAAGCUGCGUCUGAUGCUGCGACCCAAAGCAAAAACGCCGCUGUUGGCUUUGCAACAGAACAUCCUGUUUACGCUACACUAAUUGCGUUUGGUAUUCUGGCCUUGUUGACUCCGUUGGCUCUUGAAGUCCUUGGGUUUGGGGAGUUGGGUCCAAUUGCCGGCUCGUUUGCAGCUACGUGGCAAAGAACUUAUGCUGGAUAUGUGCCCAAGAAUGCUUUGUUUGGCUAUUUCCAGAAGUUGGGCAUGAAGUGGCAUUGGGUUUAUUAG